AUGUUAUCAAGCUCACAAAAAUCCCAAGUUUACAAGCGAACUUCUUAUCUGACUGAAUCAGUCUCUAUUCUAAAUUCAGCCAGACCUUAGUAAUCGUUUGUAAAUACUUUCGAAAAGAAAGAACUCAGAAGGUACAUUUAAUCUCUUAUUAGAUAUCCUACUGAAUGGGCUGAAUAGGUAGAUAAUAAAACCGACAAUAGGUUUCAUCAUGUCAUCCUUAAUUAAAGUAAGGCUGAGCAUAAUCCUAAUUUGGCAUCUCCCAGUAAAAUUUUCGGUUUGACGGAAAGUCGACGUUAGAACACUCAAAAUGAUGAUCUUCUAUCAAGUUUCAGAAGAAAAAACUAAUCAUUAGGAAAUUUAGGAAGUUGGUAAUUCAAUAGCACUCCUGUUGCUAAUCAAUCCUAAAAUACUUAAAGUAAGGUCUCAGCAACUUAAAAACCAUAACCCAUGUUAACAAGAAAAUUAGAUCAAUCUGUUCCUUUAAGAGAUUUGCUAGAGUUGUCAAGAUAAUUAGAUUCGGCUAAACCAGAAGAGAUACAAUAAUUAUCCAAAGGAUAUGUCAACGAACUUUUCCAAUUAUCAUAGACCAUAACAAGAUCUUUAAAAUAUAUUAAAAGAUGAAUAUAUUCAUUUAUAUCAGCUAAUCACAAUUUAUUAA